AUGACUAAUUCUUCUCUCCUUUCUUCUCACCCAAAAAAACUAGGUUAUUGUGUCGUUGUUAUGGAGUUGGCAAGAAGGCCGAUUGCGAUCAUCGAAGUGUGGGAUCACAAUCUCGAAGAGGAGUUUUCUCGUAUCCGAAGGGCCGUGAUGUCGCACCCCUGCAUCUCGAUUGACACUGAGUUUCCAGGCACUGUUGUUCCUGACUUGAAGAAGCGCAAGUUCUAUGAGCUGGAGCCAGAGGAGGCGUAUUCGUUGAUGAAGGCUAAUGUGGAUGCUUCGAAACUGAUUCAGCUUGGUCUCACGCUGUCUGAUCCGUACGGGAACCUCCCGGGUUUUGGCACGGAGAUGGGUCAUGUGUGGCAGUUCAACUUUCGAGAAUUCGACGUGGACAAGGACGUGCAGAAUAUCAGUUCGAUCGAGUUGCUUAAGCGCCACGGAAUUAAUUUCUUGUGGAAUAAGAUGUAUGGGGUUCGUUCUCAAGAUUUCGCCAGGCUUUUUAGGGGCUGUUUUGGACCGAGGUGCACUUGGGUUACGUUUCAUGGGGGGUAUGAUUUUGGGUAUCUGGUGAAAGCCUUGACGAAUUCUGAUUUGCCUGGAGAUUUGGGGACUUUUAAGGGUUUGCUGUGCAGGUUCUUUGGGAAUUCGAUGUAUGAUGUCAAGGCGAUUAUGGAGCGGUUUCGUUUACGUGGUGGUUUGGAGGCGUUGGCUACAGAGUUUAAGUUGGCUCGAGUUGCUGGGACUCCUCAUCAGGCCGGUUCUGACAGUUUGCUGACCAUGCAGCUCUUCAUCAGGAUGAUUCAAUGGUGUGGUCAUCGUAACAACGGGACUGCAUUGCGCCCUUGCAUGCCCUAUGGAUUGAACCUAGAAGUGAACAAGCAAGUACAAGAAGCAGGUUUCUAA